AUGGAAGGCUGGAUGACCGAUCUUUGGGGCAGGACGGUAUCGGGGAGACGGAAUUCAGAUCGAGUAGAGAAAAAUGGGCUCACAGAAACCUCUCAGAGUGCUUCGACUUCACCACUUAAGUUUCCUCGAAGAAACCGUUUACAAACAGUCGGAAUAGGAGGCAACGCUUUAUCUCCUACUGGUAAGCCUAGUACUUUAGGGAAUGCCAGUCCCAAUAAAUUUAUUGCUCAUGAGGAACAGGGUUAUGUAGAUAUGGACAGGCCUUCUUCUACUCCCACGAAAACUCUCACAAUGCCUCGUGUACUGGAAACUGCAAGAAACUCUGUCGAACUUGUUGUGAAAGAUAUGAGCUUGGAGCCAAAAUUUGAGUUCGCUCACUUAGAAAACGCAUUUUGUCUAUCUGAAACUACAACUGGUGAAGAUGAAGACAUUAUAAAGCUGAAAGAGGUUAAAGAGAAUUCACGUCCUUGCUCUAAUGUCGAAGAAGUUUUCAAAGAUUAUGAUCUCCCUAACAUGCUAAAAGAAACUCAACUAAAAAAUGAGGAGAUCGAAAUUUUGCGCCAGAAACUUGAUGAAAAGGAGAAUGUUAUUCAAGAAUUAAAGAAAAAAGUUACCUUGGAUGACACUAGAUUUGAAAAAAUCAAGUCUUUACAAAAAGCAGUACGUGAAGAGAAAAGCGCUGCUUCAAAAAGACUUAGAAUUACACAACAUAGUUUACAAACAAAAAUUGAAUCACUGGAACAUCAAUUACAAACAUCUAAAGAUGAUAAUAAACAGUUAAAGGACGAUAGUUCGUUUUACGAGAAAAGGUUGAGUGACGUUUAUAGCUACAUGCAAAACCUUUCUCUUUUUGGGAAAGACCUUGGUAAAUUUAUAUUAGAAGAGAUAAAAACCAGCCAAGCUCCUUCGACUUUCCAAAGCCAUUUUACCAAAUUUUAUCCGGAUAUCAAAGAUGUCAAAGAUCCUGAAAUUGUGGAACAAUGCGAGCAGUUGAAGCAAAGAAUAUACACGUUGGAGAAAAAUGAUCGUAUACGCCUUGAAAAAAUAAUUUCUCUUUUCAAAUUGACUAGCGAAAGAUUGCAUUUCAUGCAGCAACAACACGGUCAGAAAAUAGAGUGUCUCCAGAAGGAGGUGUCUACAAAAGAACAGCAAUUCCGAUUAGAGAAGAGGAGAUGGCAUGAUGUUUUUAACAUUAAGGAGGAAAACUUCCAAAAACUGAAGAACGAAUUAAAAGAAAAAUUGAUACUUAGUGAAAAAGUUCAAAAAAAUGCUGAAGAUAAACUAAAUGAGUAUAUGAAAGAACAUGAAGCAAUUAUCGGUAGGCUCCAGAGUCAAUCUUCAGUUAUUGAGAACUUGAACACUCAGAUGGAAGAACUAGAUAACACGAAUAAGAAAAUGUCUGAGGAGUUAAUGGGAAAACAAGACGAAGCCUUUAAAUUUGAAGAAACAAUUGGAUUUCUUAAAGAGGAAGUACUUCAAGAAAAGCUGAGUUUGAAGGAGUUAUAUGGUGAUGCUUCCACCGAACUUAAUUUUGAAACUGUGGGUAAAUCGUUUCCACAUAUCACGAAGGAAAAAUAUGAUUCUUUGGGUCUUGAUAUACUGAUGGACCUUACUUAUGUGCAAUCCCAAAAUCUAAUUAAAAAUUUGUUAAUCGUAUUAGAUAUCCCACUGAAAACAUUUUUAAAAGCCGUUCCAACAAUUGUUAUUCAACUUAGAUGUGAGCUUGCGCUUCUUACGAGAUUUGCUAAUGAUUUGAAUUUGAAGGUUUUUGGUAAGCAAAUAGAUUUCAAGAGCAGAAGAAAAAUUGCAAUGAAUGAGUUUCUGAACAAUCACGAUAUUGCCGAAGUAAAGCAUCCCCUCAAUUAUGAUUUGCAAGCGCUGUUGAAAUAUUUCUUCACUUAA